CGCAGGACACAGCGUGUCCACUCCACGCGAUAAUGGAAGACGAUCGUGCGCUGUUGAAAGUACCGUCCGCCCGCAAAGCCGUCCGCGCACAGCCCGCAGCCAGUGAGAAGCGGUACUUCAACUCCCGAGUCAUGGUCAAAGGCAACUGGACGCGGGAGGAGGAUGCGUUGUUGGUGCAGCUGGUGCAGGACGCCCGCUCCGCUGGCCACGCGGAGACCGACCCCGAUGCCUCCGGACCGCGUGUGACGCACUGGGCGGAAAUCGCCAAGAACCUGCCUGGCCGUGUCGGGAAGCAGUGCCGCGAAAGAUGGCACAAUAAUUUGCGGCCUGAUUUGAAAAAGGGAGAAUGGUCGUUGGCCGAGGAAGUGAUGAUUUUCAGUUGCUGGAGAGUAUGGGGUCCGCAGUGGGCCAAAAUCUCCGUGCACUGGAAGGCCGUUCGGACAACCGUGUGAAAAAUCACUGGAACUGUCAUAUGAAACGCCGUCUUGAAAAGGAUAAUGAGUACGUGGCCGUUGUGACUAAGACCGUGGAAGCUUUGGAUUUGGUCAGUGCUCUUCGAGAUAUCAUGAACGUGGAGAACAGCGAAAAGGCAUUUAAAGACCUGAUCUCUCCGCAAAUUGUCGACUAUCUGCGUACAAAUCACCAUAAUGAGUUGGAUUCUCGCACAAGCUCCUACGUUCCACGUAGCACAUACGUGUCUCCGCGCAAACGGCACAAAUCCCCGCGAUCCCCGAAGAGAAUCUCCACGGCUAAAGCCAACAGCACGGGAAUUGGUUCCUUCGCGGCAUCCUUACUGGAGAAGCAGCAGCAAAAAGCGGCAAAACGACAGCAAGAAAAUAAACCGGAUCAAUGUACGACCGAUUUGUUAGAGCCGGUUGCAAAAUUUUCCGAGCUCUCGAAUGGCACAGAUAGUGCCGCGGCAGAUGGAUAUAUGGACGAAGAUGUCCCGGAGGAAGAAUUUAUCGAAGAUAUGGAUGAGUACAGGCUUCCCACAAAGCCGCCCACCGUCGCAUUUGCACCCAAAACAAAACAACCCGUUGCCAAACCCCGGCGGACUGCACCAUCACCCGCAAGCGCGCGACGUCCCGUUUUCUAUCGUGUCAGGAAGUCUCAUUCCCGUCAGCAUUACAAAACCGACGACGAACCCCACGCCUAUGCGGCCAUCAGCCAGGCUCCGCCAAUCCUCCAACUACCGUCGGUUAACCUUCUCGAGCAGAUGCAGCAGGCCUCCAAGAUGGAAGCGGUGGAAGCGCUGAUCAAAUUAUCCACACUGACGGCACCCACCACAACCGCUUUCGUGCGUCGUGUGGAUCCCGUCCCAGCGGACCGGGAUGAUGUCGAGGAGUUGACUGACAAGAGUAGCGGGGCAUCGGAAGUAAAAGGUGAUAAGGCCGUUCGUCGCGGACGUCCGAAGCGCUCCGAGCCGGAAAUUGUGGCGAAAAGGGAGGAAGUGCGAGUGGAGAUAUCCAGUAGUGGUCGGCCCGUACGGAUGAAGCGCGGCACAGUAACGGAUAUGCUGCGGGCUUUUGAUCGGGAUAUUGACGAAGCCUUGGGAUAAGAGUCUGGAAUGCGGAGCUUCGUUCCUUGUACAAUUUAUUAUUUGUUGGAGAAUAAUUGGUGCUUCCGAAAAAGAAGUUUUCCGUCGUGACUUGCUUUAUUUUUGCUACAUUCUGAGCAGCAUUUGUCAGUCAGUCUUCAGUUUUACACCGUUCUUGAUCCAAAUGUAUUAAAUUUUGCCUUGUGAUGAUCCUCUUGUCUGUUGUGACAGUACUAUCGAUGUUAAUUUGUGCCAUGCAGGGACAUGGUGAUAUUACGUUCAGGUUUAUGCUGUUGUUUAUUUUCCGGACGGAGUUUAUUGCAAAGUUGUAUUGUUUUUUUCGGAAUAAAAGGCCUA